GCGACUCCAUCCAUACAAAUGAAUUUAUCAGCCUUGAAACCAUCGCGGAGCAAAUUUGUUGGGAUGUAGCCUAGGUGGAAGGGCCGGAUUUCCCUCCCUAGAUGGCUCAGCGGCUAAGACGCUGAGCUUCGUCGAUCGGGAAGGUCCGGCGGUUCGAAUCCCUAGUAUAGGUCUCCUGCGUGAGCAGGGGGUUGGACUAGAUGACCUCCAAGGUCCCUUCCAACUCUGUUACUUGCUGGCAUUUGGGAAAAGGGUUAAUCCAGGUCCCAGGCAUACUCUUGACGCUAACCAGACAGCAGUCGUGCCUCUGACCAUGUACAGAACAUUCAUCUCCGGGCCAGGGACUGAAGCCUUCGCAUCAGGAAUAAUUGUGACAUCAUCGCUGUUUGCUAAUCAUCUCUCUGGCUGCUUGGUGCCUUUACUCUUGGUGUAAAAAAGCCAACACAAGACUGCUAUAAGGAUGGUGCGAAUUUUGGCUAAUGGAGAUAUUGUGCAAGAUGAUGACCCUCGAGUACGACAGACCACUCAGAAUAGGGAGAACUCAUCUCGACUCGUGAGGAAUGGUGGCUUUUUCAACGCAACCUCCAACGCUGGUCCUAAUCCACCACAGCACUACCAGCAGCAGCAGCAACAGCGCCAGAAUGCAAGGCCUGGGGAACGUUCACCGUUUUCAGACAUCAAUCAGCAGCUGGUGAACAUGGGCUUCCCCACUUGGCACCUUGGCAACCAGGUGGUGGAGCCAGUGAUGUCCAUCCUGCUGCUCUUCCUGCUUAUGAUGGUGGGCGUGCGUGGCCUGCUCUUGGUGGGCCUCAUUUAUGUCGUCUCCCACCUAAGCCAGCGAUGACACGAACUCCUGCACGGACUGCCGGUUGCCUGAGGGAUUCGGAACCGAACAUUUUUGCCCAAUGUAUGAGCGUGGGUUAGAGAGAGUCUGUAUGUCUGUAUAUGUGCGUGUUUGAAACAAAUUCUCCUUGCUCAAGAACUUUUGUAAAAUGGUGUUUUCAAGAGACAGAAUUAAGCAACUUGAAGUAUGAGCUAAUGAGGAUGUAUAUAUAUAUAUAUAUAUAUGUAGGUCUUUGGUUAUUCGGGUUUUCUUCCGCAUAAAAUUGGAAGUGUCUUAGCGACGUUUCGACGAAGUCUCAUUCGUCAUCUUCAGGCUGGUGCCUUCUGCUUCAUGCUUCGAAUGAGACUUCGUUGAAACGUCGCCAAGACACUUCCAAUUUUACGCGGGAGAAAAUCCGAAUAACCAAAGACAGACAGACAGACAGACAGAUA